AUGAAUUCAGUUCCAUUUUCUUUCCUCCCUUCAGUCGGCGAUCUAACACCAAUGAGCGUCAAUGUUUCCCGCACCCUAGUCGCCAACAUGGGUGAUAUUGAUGUGGAAGAUGACGAAGAAAGCCAAAUACAUUUGGAUCCCAAUAUUAGCAUCAAAGAACACCUCAAAAAGGAUAAGAUAUUGAUCAAAGAAAAAGGAAUGUUGGAAUUUUUUUAG